AUGAGGCAUGAAGAGGAUAUAGAGAAGAAGCAGAAGGAAGAGAAUAGAGUGGAGCAGAAGAGGAGGAAGAGAGAAGGAGGCAGAAGAGGGGGAAGAGAGAAGGAAGCAGAAGAGAAAAGGAGGAAGAGAGAAGGAGGCAGAAGUGGAGGAAGAGAGAAGGAAGCAGAAGAGGAGGAAGAGAGAAGGAAGAAAGAGAGAGAGAGAGAGAAAGAGAGAGAUAAGGAAAAAAGAGAGAGAGAGAGACUGAAAGGUAUAAAGAUGGUUGAUACACAGAUAUAA